AUGCAGCUACCCUCUUCCAUCCGAUGGUUCUUCGCGGAACUGCACCGCUGCGUGCAAUGCUUCUCCGCGACGAUGACGAAGCCCACGCUGCUGUACUUUGUCCAGAGUGGCAUCAUCCAGGGUUGCCCUGGCUCGGGCUUCCCGUUCGCGCUGUGCGCGGACCCAUUCGCGCAGGACUUCGAUCGCAGCGUCAGUCUCAGGGGCCGCGGGAUCAUCAGAGCCUGCGCCGACGACGUCGGGGCAGCUAUCGCUCGCAUCGAGGUGCUCAAAGUGCUGUUUCGGAUUUUCAUGGUCGCAGCGAGAGUCGCCUCCCUCAUUUUAAAGAUAAGCAAGUGCAAGCUCGCACCUCUCGCUGCCGAGUUCCCCCCUGCUCUCGCCGACCAGUGCCGCUCCUGGAUCCAGGCGCGCAUUCCUGAGUGGUGCUCGGUUGAGAUCGCGGGAAGUCUUGUGUACCUUGGCCUUCGUCUAGGACCAGAUGCCAUGCUUAAUAGUUGGGCCCCGCUCAUUCAGAAGUACAGAUAUCGGGCGGAGCAGGCGGGAGGCGGCCCUGCGGAGGCUGUCAUUCUGCCUCAUCAACGAGACCGCGCAGCCCCUGUACGUGCGCGCGUACAGGCGAGACGACUCGUAUUGCGUCGUCCCGGUGUGCGGCUUAGGUGGAGUAUCGGAGGGCGAGCUGCCGCCGGGCCACCUGCUGGAGCUGGACCCGCCGGACGACAGCGUGGAGGAGAGUUCCAGAUUUCGGUGUCCGAGCGCGGGGCGUACCUCACGACGGAGAGGCUGCGUGCCGCCGCCAGGCGCGGCAGCGUCUACAGCGUCCGCGCGCCGCCCGCGCUCGAAGGGGCGGCGGCGCGGCCCGAGGAGGGCGCGCUGGCGAUGUCGCGGGUGCCCAGGAGCGUGCUGCCCGCGUACUGCCCGGCGUGAGCGCCCCCGGCGCUCUGUCCCCCCUCCUCGGCGGCGAGCGAGGGGGGGAAGUGAGAAGGCUGCGGGGCUUCUCAGAAGCCCUCUGGCCUUCGGAGAAGCCUUCCAGCGUACUGCCCGGCGUGAGCAGCACUUGGCGCUCUCUCCCCCCCUGGAGUCUCUCCUCCCUCUGGCCCUCUUCCCUUCUUUCUGCCCUGCUCUGUUCCAGUUGUUGCGAAGCGGCCGCAGUAGACAAGCGUGCUUCUGAACAGCGGACCCCACUGCAGGGCUGGGCUCGCGUUUUUCCCGAAUUCGAAGUGCUGGCUUGGUUCGACUAAACGCGCUGGCUGGCAAACUGUGCAUAAGGAGCGCUCGACAUAUCAGUCCCUCGCUGUAGUGUUGUGCGUUGGGCGUAUGGAUCUGCCUGCGGCGUUUACACACCUGGAUGCUGGCGCUGUGGUGCUGCUAAGCGGCAUGCUCGCCUGGCUUGGCAGAGGCAGUGCCCCCUUCUGUCGUGUUGUGCGUCUGGCUCGCAGCUUGUUUGUGGAGUGGGCGGGCGCGCCAUGCAAGAUUUCAACGUCCUAUGUACAGGCGAGCGGUGCACAAGGUGAGCAGAGCACAUGGCGCUGCACCGAAAAUGUGCAGCAGCCCUCGCUUGUGCGACGCUGGGGUCCGGCGGCGAAGCGGCUCUGGAGCGGGCAGCAUGGAGCAUGGUCACUCCCAUGCAAGGAGCCCAAUUCCGACCGCCAGCCGGAGAAGAGGAGGCGUUCAAUUAGUUUCAGGCAAGCUCGCUUUCAUGGCACUUGCCCCCCUCCCCCCCCCUUCUCCGCCUUUUCAGACAGCUCUGGGCCG